AGCUGUGCAAGCUCAAGUUUAAUACCAUCUACAACACUCAUCCACAACACUCACCUUCUUAUUUUAGGGAAGGUUGGUACUUAUAGCCUUGGGAAUAACAAGCCAGAAAGUACACUAGAUUAUAGUCCUUACUUAUAUCAUAACUGUGCCCUUCAUACAAAUGCGCCGCACUCGGAUUUCCCAUCCCACGUCAUAGCACAAACAUUCAACGCGACCGCGAUUCCACGGAACUAUGCCGACGUCAUGGACACUACGAACGCGUCAAAUCCGCUUCAGCAGCUCGGCGCAGCGAACAGGAUUGCUAUCGCAGACUUAACCCCCGAAAUUCAAGACUCGGCAUCUCGUGCUGUGCGUGGUGUGGUUACUAUCACAUGGCCCUAUAAUUCUGUUAAAGGCACGUUUGCUUUUAUCCUCGCUGAACCUGACUACCGUCUUCGUAGAAGCAAGGGGCAGGUUCGUAUAAAUCUGAACGGUGCAUCUGCUAAGGCCGCUGGAGAGAGCGGGCUAAGUAGCGGCGAUGAAGUUCUCGUCAGCUUGGAUGGAGCUGAGUGGGAACCUGAACAAACCAAGAAGCGGCAGAGUUUACCAGGCGCGGGGAUUGAUUGGCAGUUGAAAUUCUCAGAUAAGCUCAUACUUCAGGUUAUCCUGACCGAGACUGGAGAGACCAAGCUCGUCAAUGUCGACCGUCCUCCUCCCGCAGAGCCCCAACCUCGGGCUGAAACGCCGCCGACCGAAAUAUCUCACGAAGAAGACCUUCCCGCUCAAAUACUCGAAACUCUCACGCCACCUAGUAAAACGUAUAUUGCGAAGCUCAAAGAUGGCGAAUUCGAAUCCCCGGCUUUCGUUAAGAGAGCUCGGAUGUCAUACGGAUCCCUAUUCGAAGAUGGAUACGACAUAUUCGAGGACGAUGGUGGAGUCAAAGGGAGAGGCCGGAAAAGGUCAAGAUUUGGUCGCGAAAGCGGUGCGUGGAAAUAUACUAGCCAGUCUCCUAGCCCUGAACCUACCUCACCUCAGGCCAUCGUGAGCUCUCCGCCAAGACCUGAUAUGACUGAUGAAGGAUGUCAAACCAUGGAAAUCGAUCUACCAAUGCCUUUGCCUACGCAAGAAAACAGUAAAAACGAAGCACAGCUGAUCUUGGAGUCGACAUCAAGAGUAGAAGAUGCUACUCAUCCCCAACAAGGAAUGGUGGAUCACGGUGUUCAAGGGGAUCUUCACAGCGAAUGGCCAGUCGCGACACCUACACCACUCCCACCACCCGGGCCUAGCAGUGAACUUCCCAGUAGUGGACCUGAAUUGUCUGCGUUCCAGGCCGCCGAUGGAUUUAACAUAGUCACUGACGACCUUCAGCGAUGGAACGCUCCACCUCUAAACCUUCCGCCUGAAGGCUACUUACAUACUACUGAACCUCCAUCAGCUAACGGGUUCUCAAAUACUUUCGAGAUCGAAACAUCCGUGGGCCAUGAUAUAAUGAGACCUGGAAGCCGUACACACUCGCCAAACGAACCUAAUCACCUUGCUGUUGAACAUGAUGAGCAUCAUCUUAAUGAGGGCCCGGCCACUGAUGAGCAAGGCUACCCAAUUCACGCUACAUUACAUAGCACGGACUACCCGCCGCUGGGUCUUGAAGAUGAAGAGGAAAGUACCACGGUACCUCAAGUGGCACAUAUGGACUAUCCUCCUUCCUAUCUAGAUAGCAAUCACCCCUUCUCCCAAGAGGAGACUAUGGAUAUUGAACGAGACUCAUUCGAUUCUAGCGUCCCUGCAGCUGAAAUUGUAGGAUCAUCGUCUUGGGCUACGGUCAAUAACCCAUCUCAAGCGACUUCGAUGCCUCAUACUGGCCGGUUGGGUAGUGCAGAGGGGGAAUCUCCCGAUACUGCAGUUGUCAUAGACGAAAGUGAUUCGGACGACGAACCACCACCGCCGACUGCUACAGAGGACACAGUCAUGACCGGUCAAGCUGAUGCUCUCGAAAUGUAUGAAGAAGCAGAAGUUGAAGAUGACGUGGAUGCUGAGUAUUCGGAUGAUGAUGAACCUGAAUAUGAUGCCGACGAAAUGGGCGGUGACUACGAUACAAGGAAUUAUACCGCACCAGAUGAUGAUGAAGAUGAUAGUCACGAUGAAGACUUGGGACCACGCGAACUAGAACCCGAGUUUGACGACGGCGAAAGCUGGGACGAAGAGGACGAGGACGCCGAAAAUCUUGAGUAUGAAAGCGAGUACGAAACUGAUGACAACAAUGAGGAGAAUCGAAAACCUGUGCGGCCAGUUUCACAGUCUAUCCCUCAGGUCAUUGAUCUCAUUUCAUCCUCGGAGGAUGAAGGGGAGGAUGACGAAGCUACCCAGCCGCGACAAGCGGCUCGACCAGUCGCUGGUAGUAUAUCACAAAGUCAACCAGCAACAUCGCCAGGAAUUAUAUCAAAACAAGCACUUGUACAGCCUGCCGAAAGUGGAAGUGAAAGUGAAGAAGAUAGCGAGGAUAGCCUGGAUAACGAGGAGAAGAACGAUGAAGAAGACGAGGAGGGUGGCAAAGAUAUUGAAAGGGAGGACGUCAUCAGCUCAGUCGAUUCAAUUGACAAACCAGAUUCCGAGUCCUCGGGAGGCGAGAAUGAAGAUGUUGAGAGAAUGCUUGAGGAAGAACUUGAAGAAGCAGCGCUUAGUCCUGGAGACGAUGAUGUGGCGGAGUCUAUUGAUAUGGGUUCUCAGCAACUGCCCGCUGUAUCCGGAACCUCGCGUCCUAACGAGUUUACCGUACAUAAAAAAACAUCGCCUGAGCCUAGCCAUACAGGGUUAAUGGGCACGAAAACCAAGGAGGAAUAUAAAGAUGGCAAUGAUCGACAAUCCGCGGCCGACGGACUCGACCUUCUAGGUCGAGUAGUCGAAAGCGAAUGGAACGACAAUCAUGUCACUUCUCCUAGGGAGAUACAAGAUGAAGACGCUAUUGACACCAUGCCAGCUAAAGGUGACGAACCCCUAGCGGAACGUAUAGAAGUGCCAGAGGAACAAGUAGAAGGACAUGAAUCCCUAAAUUCUCAGGAGGAUGAGGAAAUGGUCGAUAUGGUACCUAUUUUACCAGCUACUUCUUCAACCCCGCAGCCUGUAGCAGUAGACGAAGAGAGGCAAGUCGAAACCACAGCACCCUCGUCCCCUCCGUUAACACAUUCGUUCAUAUCGCUAUCUGCGGAUGACAAAAAGAUGGAUGUUGUGUUGCGAGAAAAUAUUGCUGUUACGGGACCCCGGCUUCCGGCCGACCAGCUGCCGACACCUCGAGAUACACAAUUAACGGGUGAUAUCACGGUAUUAGACUCUGUUGCAGUUGUUUCUAUGGAUGUUGAUGAGCCAGACGUGAUAGACGAUACGACAGGGCUUUCACCCGUGGCUGAGCAAUUGGCCAGUAGAAAACCACCUUCGGUAGCUGCUGAAGAUAUCAUUACAAAUGUCGAGGAACAGCCUACUGAACGUAGCACAGUUCAAUCAGAAAAGACUCACCUUGAAGAAAUCUCCCAGGAUACCACACAACGGAACAACUUGCUUGCUUCGCCAAGUUUAUCCUUCCAGACUCAGGUUGCUGCUGAGGAAAUGGUCCCAGCAAGUUUCGUUGAGCCUAUUCCUGAGAUUACGAUCGAACUUGAGACAGGAACUGAUACCCGACCUGACAUUGAGACUAGUAUUUCUCGUGCUAGCCUGUCAUUUAUAUCUCAGAUGGAGGUCGAUGAAGAACUGCAAGCCAGUAUCAUGGAAAAUUCGGAGUUCGAUGAUGAUACGGAUACUGAGGUGGUAGAGGAACGUGGAAUUCGGUACCAGGUCGAAGAAUAUGAAUAUGAGGGUAGUCCCGCUCAAAGUGAGGACGAUGUUCGCACAGAGCUUGAAAGCCAAAGUCCCGUAUCGAGAGAUCCGUCUCCAGAUCUUGGAACGCAGAUACAAGAGCAACGGGACACUGGGCGGACCAAUUCAGCCGACAUAGAAGCUGACUCUCCUGAGCAAGCGUCACAAACGGACCCGAGCGUGCAGCUUGCACGUAUUGCAUAUGCUUUUAAGCGAAGGGUGAAGAACCAUGAUGCAAACAAGAUUACUCCCGCAGACGAGAUAAAUAUGUCUGCUGUUGAACGUUCGUCGCCUGGUGUGGAAGAUUCAAGCGUGCAACUAGCUCGAGCUUCUUUAACUAGAUCCUCACAGGGUGAGGAAGAAAGCUAUUCGAUGACGGCGGCGAAACUAAAACUUGUGCGUCAUCUUCGGGAUGAAUUGCCUGACUGUACGCCUCUCAAGGUUUUGCGACAGCAUCUUCAGAAGAAGCUAGACGUAAUUGCCGUCGCCAUGAUGCACCCGCCGGACCCACAAAGAGCUAAGGGAGGCCCGCGCGAGUUCAUGAUGUCGUUUACUAUAACCGAUCACUCGAUCGGCCCCUAUUUGGUUGUGGAAGCACAACUAUAUCGACCGCACAAAGAAACGCUGCCAAUCGUCAAGGCCGGCGAUGUUGUGCUCCUUCGCAACUUCACGGUCAUCUCACUUCAAGGCAAGGGCUUCGGCUUACGCACAAAUGACGAGUCGAGCUGGGCCAUUUUUGACCAAGAUAGUGAGCCGCCUCAGAUCAAGGGACCUCCCGUCGAAUACGGCGAGAGAGAGACCACUUAUGUAGCGCACAUGCGGGCGUGGUAUAACCUACUGGAUGAGAAAGCGAGGUUGAAACUUGAAAGGGCCAAUAAGAAGAUAAUCGAUGCGGGCAAAUCCAAGUAGGGAUGGAACUGGUUCAAGUCUCUACGCUGGAGAGUAUUAUAGUAUUUUGCUACGACGAUUCUCGAAUUUCAGGUACCUAAUGUAUACUUAUUCAUCUUUGCCUUGCAUUACAGUUAGGAGUUAGGGGGGAAAAGACAAUUACUCCCUAUUUUAUGAUAUGGGAAUGGUAGAUAGCAUACUAAGGCACCGGGCUUAAUGAUAUAUACCAGGUAAUUAUGGUAUUUUUAGCA